CGCUGCAGGCGCCGCAGGCAGCGCAUUCGCCGCCUUGGCAGCAGCAGCGGCAGCCGGAGGGGGAGCAGGAGGGUUAGGCAGUGGUCGGUUAGGUGGCUUUGGCGGCCCCUCGCCCUUCCCCGCGCCGCUGUUUUACUCGGCGGAUGGGACAGCGGUGGAGCUGCAGGGUAUGGAGUCCCAAGAAGCCACGCCGCGCAACUACCCCUCCUCCGCCACAACCACCACCGCAACCACAACGGCCACCGCCACCACCGGUCAACCACCCUCCUCCUACUGGCGUAACUACCAGCUACAACAACAGCAGCAACAGCUACAGCACGCGAAUGGGAGCGGCUGGCAGUACGGGUCAACGGACUUGUACGGCACCCCGGGUCCAGGGCAGCUUGGUGGCGUGGGAGGCGGAGCAGCAGCGGGAGGAGGAGGAGGGGGGCAGGAGGGUAGCGAGGAAGCGGCUUCACCAGGUGAGGUGGCUGAGCUGCGUGCAGCCGCCCUGACGGCCGCCAAGGAGCGCAGCGCGCUGCAGCAGAUCCUGGACUCCAAAGUGCGGGUCAUGCUGGCGGAGAUCAUUGCGGAGGUAUCCACCUCCUCUUCAUCCGCCGCCGCCUCCUCCGGCCUUUCCUCCUCCAUUGCUGCCUCUCGCACCCUCACCGCCUCCACCACGACAUUACCGCCUACCCAACAGCAGCAACAGCAGUCGGCGGUGUUGCUCGAGCGGUUAGCGGCGUUGGAAGCACUGGUGACCCGGGUUUCGGAGGCGAUAGGGAGCAACAGCGGCAACGGUACCGCUAACGGCAACGUUAGCGGCGGUUGACAUGGGGCGGUUGAACGUGUAAUUAACGAACACCGCAAACAGACCAGUGCCGAAGACUCCGGAGGAUGUUGCCUCUUGUUGAAGCGGCUCAGGGCUGCGCUGGAGGUGGAGUUGGAAUUAGGUUAGGGGUGAUCCCUCGGGUCAAUGUGACUCGGGGUUUCUAACAGGUGAAUGGGAGUGUUCCAUACCAUGCAGGGCUAUGGGGCUGCUAGUGGCUUGGGGCACGUGAUUUGGUGGGAUCUGGUGCUGUGACGAUACCAGGACAAUACGGUACAAUAGAACUGAUUGCGCACGUUUGGUAACCAGCAUUCGCUGUACGACAUUUGAUUGUACCCAACAGUGGCACAGGGUUUGGUAUGACGGAUGACACGCGAUUGUGGCGGCAGUACUGUCCUGUUUAUCAGCGUUAAAACAGUGCGUUAAGGAAAACUGGCCGCGAGUCGGAACGUACUGUAUGUGUGUGCGGACGUGGUGAUGUUGUGGGCUUAUGGCAGUUUGCGACGGUCACGGAUGGCAUUGCAUGUUGUGGGGAUGAAGGUGGUGGUGGCAGUGCUAACAGCUACCCUGCCUUUUACCGGAAGCUUUCUGCGUUGGGCAUAGCGUGGAGAGUUUGUUUGUGGGUUUAUGCAUCGGACAUGGGUUAUGAACGUGAUGACGCGCGCGCAAUGUGUGGCAAUGGGGCGUUACAUAAUGUGGGUCCUAACAUUGUUAGGUUUAGUCACGCCGGGGACCCAUGGGUCGAUAUCUUCGUCCACACUUGCACACACUGUGACAAAUGGUGGCCAUGGGACGGUAGUGUUUUCGGCCAUCACUGGAUCAAGAGGUUUAGGAAAGAAGAAACACACAUACUGGAAGGGAAGCAUCUACCGGAUGGAGGGGUUGACAGGGAUUGACGGGGGUUGCCUCUGCCACCGUAUUUGCUGUACGGCAAAAGAAUUGAAGUGACAGAUUCCGUACAAUGUGCCUGUGUUUGCAGCGUGUACUAUUUGCUAUUAAGAUAGACCUAGACCGUGAAAUGCGGAGGAGGGCGGUUGGGUUGGGGCGUAUUUAAAGAGUGGCUUUUGUGGGUGCAUGCGGUGUGGAUGUUUGCGUCUUGCCGCAACCAGGACUGCCCGUAGUGGCAUACCGGUAGCUGGCGGGCAGCGGCUGGAGGGGCAGGUACGGUCUGUCGUAAAGUGUACGGUUUGACUUUGAACAGGCGAC